AUGUCCUACACCACCCAAGGCGGCGGCCGGCGGCGGCGUCAUCCUUAUUCCACGACCACCGAAGAAUCCGAAGCCCAACACAACCCUCGCGCACAACAAGAUACAACAAGCCGGGACCGUAGUAGCAUCCACCAAAAUCUCAUUUUUGCGCACGAGACAUCAAAACACACCCCACUCAAAACAAUCACCCAAGCACCCCAUUACACCCAACACAGAAGUUGGAUAACGGAACAAAAGUACGACAUCGGCAGGAUUUGA